AUGGCCAUGGGGUUUCUAGAUCUCCCUUUUGAGAUAAGGCUGGAAAUUUACCGCUUAGUCUUCGGCCAUGGGAAGGCUUUGGUAGAAGCCAAUAAUGAGGAGGGCAUUUCAUGCAUCAUCCCCAAGGACAGCACGUUUCGGAAUCAUACUGAGAGAUCUUCUCAGCUCCUCAGAGCCAAUCGGACAGUGCUUCUGGAGGCUCGACCGGUGCUCUAUGCCAACACAAUAUUCCAUGUCUUGUCUCAUGCCUUUGCAGGGAAACUCCCGACCCGAGUCACUGAUGGCCAUCUCUGCGCCCCUUUUAUCAAUCAUUUGAUCUGGCAGCUGGACUGUGACAUGAUGAAACGCUUCUAUGCUGAAGAUCUUCGGUUAAACCUAGCAGAGAUCGGUCAAUGCAUCAGUCUUGAACUUCAGUGUCGAGCGGAAACGUGGCGCAAUUCGUUUCUGGGCGAAUGGUGUGACCGUGAAGCCUUUGUCAGAGGACGAGACCAAGUAAUCGACUAUGCUCGCAUGCUGCAACGUGUAAUGAGCUGCGGCGAUCACGGCCAGGUGAAUCUUGUCGAGGAUCGGAGCCAGUUGGGGCGCGGACGAGUUGUUGUGAGACUCGACGUGAACAGAUCCAGUCGCGGCCAAGAGGGAUUUCCACCAACGCCGCCG